GGUUAAGGAGCAGGUCGCCUAGGAUCUUACUGGUUGUUUUUUUCAUAGGGUCCCAAACAGCUCCGAGAUUUGGAAUAUUUGCCUACUGUCUAGUAGCAAAAUGGCGACUGUCAUUCAGAAUCCUCUCAAAUCGCUAGGUGACCAGUUCUACCGGGAGGCCAUAGAACACUGUCGCAGCUACAACGCCCGUCUGUGUGCCGAGCGAAGCGUCCGUAUGCCCUUCCUGGACAACCAAACUGGCGUGGCCCAGAACAACUGCUACAUCUGGAUGGAACAGCGCCACCGCGGGCCAGGUCUGGGUGCUGGACAGAUGUAUGCGUACCCAGCUCGGUGUUGGAGGAAGAAGAGGCGGCACCCCCCUAUGGACCCUCAGCUACGACUCUGUGAACUACGACUGGAGGCAGAGCUGGCCCCUAAGAGGGAGCCCUCCCCAGGAGAGGCCACAGCUCUGGAGACUCUGCUCAGAGGGGAGGGACAACUGGAGAAGAAGAAAGACAUCAAGGAGGACGAGACCCUUCUGGAGAUACAGAGGGUCUUGGAGGCUGACGAGAAUGGGGACGAUUUUCAUCAUGACAAUGAGGACUUUGAAGUGGACACUCCGAAGAGGAAGCAGAGGAAAGGAAGGGGCCGAGGAUCCAGCCGCAGGAGGGCGGAGGCUGUGUCCAACGACGACGUGGAUAAACCUUACGUCUGUGACAACAGAUACAAACAAAAGCAUAACUCAAAAACUGCUGACUCAGUCUGUGGGAAGCGCUAUAAGAACCGUCCAGGUCUGAGCUACCACUACGCACACACACACCUGGCGGAGGAAGAGGGGGAGGAGAGGGAGGAGAGGGAGGAAGAGAUGCCACCGACCCCGCCACCACACCGACCAGACCCAGACCCCGACAACCACAAACCUCAGAGGGCGGCAGAUGGCUCCAUCAUCCCUAACGACUACUGUGACUUCUGUCUGGGAGACUCUGACUCUAACAGGAAGACUGGCCAGGCUGAGGAGCUGGUGUCCUGCUCUGACUGCGGUCGCUCCGGCCACCCUACCUGUCUGCAGUUCACAGACAACAUGAUGAUGGCGGUGAAGACCUACCAGUGGCAGUGCAUCGAGUGCAAGUCCUGCAGUCUCUGUGGCACCUCCGAGAACGACGACCAGCUGUUGUUCUGUGACGACUGUGACAGAGGAUACCACAUGUACUGUCUGAAGCCCCCCAUGACCCAACCUCCUGAAGGGAGCUGGAGCUGUCACCUGUGUUUGGAUCUGUUGAAGGACAAGGCCUCAGCCUAUGAAGAGCCAUAGCUUCUCUAACACACACACACACACACACACACACACACACAAUGGAUUUACAGGCUCAGGGUGCACAUUCAGUCUCAUCUCUUUCAGCUUCUCAGUUUCUAUCUCAGUACUAUCCUCUCUACCUCUAAAGUUGAAACAAUGUCAUGAUGUGUGGGUUAUAAAAACCACAAAUGAGAAUCGUCAAAUAGUAACCUUUGCUCCACCGUGUUUGACACUAUGCUGUUCUACAAUGUCUUCUGACUGUUAGCUCGCUAGAGAUGUUUGUGCUGAGGUAAAAAAAAAAAAAAAAAAAAGCAUUAU